AUGCCUAAGGCGAAGAAGGGAGGAGGAGGUUACGGCCACGGAGGAGGAAACAAGAAAUCUCGACCGAUCAAGUACGUCCCCCUUCCCCACCACGAACUCCCGGUCCUCAUCUACCAGAGCGAUUUUCAACCACCCAUCCACAUCGUUCACACGACACCGAAACCCGACUAUCACGAACCCGUCAGCUCCUACAGCGCGCCGCAGCCUUCCUACGGCCCACCUCCGAAGGCAAAUUACGGUGCUCCACCGCAGCAAUCGUACGGACCACCGGAGCCAUCUUACGGUGCUCCUCCGGAACCGUCGUACGGCGCACCGGAGCCUUCGUAUGGGGCACCUCCGGCGUCGUCUUACGGCGCACCUCCAUCGUCGUCUUACGGCGCACCUCCAUCGUCGUCUUACGGCGCACCUCCAUCGUCGUCUUACGGCGCACCUCCAUCGUCUUCCUACGGAGCACCUCCAUCGUCUUCUUACGGAGCACCUCCAGCAUCGUCGUACGGACCCCCGUCUCUCCCAUCCUUCGAUCACGAACCGGUCCACGUGAAAGCCCCACCCCCACCGGCACCGGUUCACGCGCCCGAGAUCGACCCGAUCUUUGCCGACUCGAAGCCCAAGGCAUCGUAUGGGCCUCCACCGUCCCCGAGUUACGGCCCUCCACCGUCCCCGAGCUACGGCCCACCGAAGGCCACGUACGGACCACCCAAGAAGGCGAAGAAGGCCGGCGGUUACGGACAUAAACCCGCUCCUGCUCCUCAUAUCAUCUAUGCCGGACACCCACCCAUCCACAUCUACCAGCAACCCGAAAUCAAAGUGAAGGCGAAGAAGAAGAAGCCCAGCCCCAGCUACGGAGCACCGAUGAAGGCAUCGUACAGUGCGCCUCAGCCAUCGUACGGACCUCCACCUCAACCAUCGUACGGGCCUCCACCUCAGCAAUCGUACGGACCUCCACCUCAGCAAUCGUACGGCCCUCCGCCUGAUUCAAGUUACGGUCCUCCGACCCCGUCCUACAGUGCACCGGAGCCAUCAUACGGACCACCGGAACCAUCAUAUGGACCACCGGAGCCAUCAUAUGGGCCACCGAAAGCUUCCUAUGGACCUCCCAGUCAAUCGUAUGGCCCACCUCCAAAAAAGAAGAAGAAGAAGGUCGAAGUCUUCCAUCCGGCCCCUAAGGCUUACAAUAAGCCUCCGAUCAUCAUCUACCAAGGCAUCAAGCCACCGGUUCAUGUAUACAAGUCACCGCAAAAGGGUGGAGGAGGAUAUGGAUCUUCCCUGGGCGGAGGAGGAGGAGGCGGCUAUGGAGGCAGCAGUGGAGGAGGAGGAGGAGGAGGUGGUGGUUACGGAGGCAGCAGCGGAGGCGGAUUGGGUCUCUCAUCCAUCGGAGGCGGAGGAGAUAUUGGCGGAUACGGCGGAAGUGGUGGAGGAUUUGGAAGCAGCGGGGGCGGCGGCGGUGGCGGAUAUGGCGGCGGGGGCGGCGGCGGCGGAGGAUACGGCGACAGCCUCGGGAGCGGAGUCGGCACCGGACACGGUCUGGGCGGAUACGGCGGAAGCGCAGCCGGCGGCUACGGAGGCAGCGCCUCCGGAACGAGCAGCUUCUCGGUCAGCUCCAGCGGAGGCAACAGCUACAGCGGCGGAGGCAGCGGAGGCGGAGGCUACGGCAACACCCACCGCCACUCCAUCGUCCUCGGCGGAGACGACAUGUGGAUCCCGAUCGACGUCCCCGACGGAGAGGCCGUCCCCCCCCUGAAGGCGAUCGAAUUGGAGGCCCCGAACCUCGACUUCGCCCCCCGGGAGGGUAAAGUCGCCGCCGACGAGAGAUCGGACGGCGACGAGCCCUAUUACGUCGCCUCCGUGGUGGAGGUGGAGCCACAGGUAUAUUCGGCCUACCGGAAGGCUCCAUCCCACGAGGUGACGCAAGAAGAACCCGAACUGAAAGUGGUCCGAGCAGUCGUAUCCGUGAGUGCAGACCGCGCAGAUACCAGCGGCUCCAACAGCUAG